UUGGCAACAUGGCUCCCAUCGGAGAAAGAAAUGACAGGAUGGGUUCUGCUACUGCUACAGAAGACAGUCAAAAUCUAUGGGCAAACAUUCUGAGUGAAGUUCAGUCCCAGUCUGCAUCUAAAUUGUCAACAUCACGGUCGUUAUUAGUCUUAGGUGAUAAUGAAACGGGCAAGACAACUUUAAUAGCCAAACUGCAGGGCACUGAUGAGCCGAAGAAAGGCUCUGGGCUGGAAUAUUACUACAUUGAUGUGAAAGACGAAUACAGAGACGAACAAGCCACUUUAAACGUGUGGUGUCUGGAUGGGGAUGCCAGUCAUACUGGACUGUUACGGUUCGCUCUCACAGAAGACAACUUUGCUGACACGCUUGUGCUACUGGUGGCAACUAUGACACACCCCUGGUCAAUUCUGGAAUCGCUUGAGAAGUGGGUCACAAUACUCCGCGAUCAUCUAGACCGACUGAAAAUCCCCCCACAGGAUAGACAAGAGUAUGAACAAAGCUUGGUGCGGUUUAUUCAAGAAUAUACUGAGCCUGAAGAGGGCCAGCCUACCAGUCACAGUGCGCACCGUGGAGAAAUGAACCCUUUACAUCCAACAACGUCGGGGUCAGACGAAGAAAGAGCUCUACUUCCACUGGGAGAGACCAUACUGUCACAGAAUUUAGGGAUUCCAAUAAUUGUAGUUAUAACAAAGAGUGACGCAAUCUCAUCGUUAGAAAGGGAACAUGACUAUAAGGAAGAACACUUUGACUUCAUUCAGCAACAUGUUAGAAAAUUUUGUUUGAAGUAUGGUGCUGCUUUAUUUUACACAUCAGUCAAAGAAGACAGAAACUGUGAUUUAUUCUAUAAAUAUUUAAUUCACAGAAUAUAUGGCUUCCCAUUCUUGUCAACAGCAUAUGUUGUCGAGAAGGACAUGGUGUUUGUACCAGCUGGAUGGGAUAAUGAAAAGAAAAUUAGUAUAUUAUAUGAAAAUAUGAGGAAUAUGAAACCAGAAGAUGCAUUUGAAGAUGUCAUAGUGAAACCAGUCUUGAGAAAGCCUGUGCAGCGAGACACUGAGUUGUUUGUAGAAGAAGAACAGCUGUUUCUUGCAAAGCUACAAGUUUUACUCAGCAAACAGCCGACCGCUGGUUCAGGCAGUCCUGCUGUUGAGGGUACCCCGUCACGUCAACACCGGCCCGGACCUGCUGCUAGACAGGACCGAGCAAUGAUUUCCCCCCUUGGUACCAGCACACCACGGGCAAUGAAGAGCUUACAAAGACCAGCAGAUGCCAGUAAAGUGACACCAGGUGCUGCCAAUGAAGGAAUGCUGGCUAAUUUCUUCAACAGUUUACUGCACAAGAAACCCGGUGCCACAAUGACAACAGGUAAAGAUAAAGCUGCCAUGACAAAGGAUGCCGUCGCAGAACUUGAAAGAAUGAAGCUAGAGAAGAAGACCGAAACCAAUUCCAAUGACACGAGUGCCUCAGGGUCAUAAGUUCGUUUCAUGUGGAGUGGUUUUUCUUCUACAAAAUUGUUACAUGUGUUUGUCUUGUCUCUAACUUAACCGCUUUCUUCUUCAUUAUGGAAUGAACAGAUGGUCAGGAAGCUACAAACACAGUAUCACACCAGAUAUACCCAAAUGCCCUGUGGUUUUUGUCAAGUGCCAGAAUGGCUUCUUUGUUAAUAUAUUUAAAGCAAAACAUCAAUGUGCUGAUUACCUAGAUCCUAACAGCACCAGACAUAGGCGAAGCAUUCUCCAGAAAAUUCAGCACUUUGAAGUCUUGGUGUGUGUUAAUCACAGUUACAGUUAGUUAUCAGUCUGUAAAUACAUGUAUACCACACAGAACAGUACAACAAAUUGCUGCCUUCAUUCUAGCUAGCUGUUAUUAUUAUUAUUAUUAUUAUUGUUUUUUGUUAGUCCUCUACCGGUCCAACUGGAGAGGACUAUAGGUUUCAUCUCUGUCCUUCUGUUUGUCUGUCUGUCAACCCACAUAUAGUUUU